CUACCAUCAGUGGGUGUUUGUGGCUGUCUUUUCUUUUGUGUGACCAUUGUCAACACACGUGCAGUCCUCACAGGGGGUGGUUUGCAAUGAGUUAUUGGUUUAUGUUGCCUUCUCUUGAGAUGCGUUUCACGAUUUCCCAACCAAAGGCGACGCCGAGAACCGCGAAGCUUUGACAGCGCCGCCACCCUGACCGAGCAGCAGCGAUGGUGUGGAUCGGAGGGUUUCUCGGACGACCGGGGGCAAGCAAGAGCGCGCCCCUCAGAGUGGGAGCUGUCGCUCUCGCAGCCUGUAAGCAAACACCAGCCGAACACGCCCAGAGGGGAGGGAGGGAGGAAGGGUGUGUUCGCGUCGGGCAGAGGUGCUUUGCGUUUCAUGUGGGCGCUGGGCAAAGACGGUAUGUUGUGUGUGGUGUGUGGUUUGGUUGUUCUUUGUUUCAGCGGGUGCGGUGAUCGGAGCUAGCUACUACUACUUUCCCGACCGCGGCACACAUCGCGCAGCACGUAAGAGCAAACGGAGCCUGCAGGCACGCCGCGCGCGCACAGGCACCAUCCCGCUCACAAUGACUGUUUGUGUGCCUGGCCCUUUCCUGUAUGUACGUGUCGUCAGUUGUGGCUGCCGGUUGUGCAGCUCCUCCCGCGCACAACUCGGUAGGCGCAAAUGAACCGAUUGGUGUAGACAGCCACACAAACGCACACGUGCAAGUAAUCAUUUGUGUGCGGGCGGCGUUUAUGUGAUUCAGUUUUUCGGCAGCGGGGGCAAGGGCGGCGCUGAGGGCGCCUCGCACGUCAAGCGACACAAAAUCGCCCUCGUCGGUGAGAGGAGAUGAAAGAUGAUGAAUGGAUGCCCGUGUGAGCUCAACUGCCAGCGGGGACGAUAGCGCUUGUGUUGUGUGUAUGUGUGUAGGUGCUGGUCAGAUCGGCGCGACGCUGGCUCUGUUGAGCGGCAUGAAGGAGUUGGGGGACGUCGUCAUGUACGACAUUGUCGAAGGUACGUGAUCGAUUCCCCACACAUGCAUGUGGAAGGGGGUCGUGUGUGGGUGCAGGCAUGCCGCAGGGCAAGGGUCUGGAUCUGUGUCAGCUGUCACCUGUCGAGGGCUUCGACGCCACCUUCAAGGGGUAUGUGUGUGUGUUCUGUGUGUGUGUGUCUGUGUCUGUGCGUACGUCUGGGUGCAUUUGCUUUGGUACGUUGUGUUGUGCAGCACCCAGAGCUACGCGGACAUGAAGGACGCGGAUGUGGUCAUCGUCACGGCCGGCGUUCGCAAACCCACACGCACGCCUUAGAGAGAGCUAUGAGUAGUGCGUGUGUGUGGAUGGGUGCACUGCAGGUCCCCCGCAAGCCGGGUAUGUCCCGCGACGACCUGCUGGCCAUCAACGCCAAGAUCGUCAGACAGGUUCGUGCCUCAGGCAGAUGUACACCAAAGCAUCCACACCACAUGACACGCAUUGAAUGGACGGACAAAUAUGCGCAGAUAGAUAGACGCAUGUGUGUGAGUAUCUGUGUCUGUCUGUCAUCUGUGUCAGGUUGCGGACGGCAUCAAGACCUACUGCCCCGACGCGUUUGUCGUGUGCAUCACCAACCCACUCGGUCAGGCAGGCAAAACAGUCAGGGGGGCACACGCGCACAAAUGCCAACACCAACACCGAUGGACAGAACGCUUGUGUCGAUGUGUUGAUACAGACGCGAUGGUCCAGCUGCUGCAGGAAGUCAGCGGUCUCCCCCCAAACAAGGUGAGUGCGUCGACGCAGAACAGACAGACACCUUCAUGGGCCCGCACCGUACGUGUGUUGUGUGUCUGCAGGUGGUCGGCAUGGCGGGCGUCCUCGACGCAAGCAGAUUCAGAUACUUCCUGGUACAGACACAAGGAACACACUACACAUCGAUUCAGUUGUCUGUCGUGUGGUGUGCCUGUGUGCAACGAACAGGCGGAGAAGCUGAAUGUGUCUGUUGAGGACGUGCACUGCCUGGUCAUGGGCGGACACGGCGACACCAUGGUCCCACUCGUCAGAUACAGCAACGGUCGGUCAGUCGGUCGGUGUGUGUGGAUGAGAGAAACUGAGCCCUGCUGUGCACUCUCUCCUCGUGUCUCUGUGCGUUGUGUCAGUUGGCGGCAUCACCCUCCCCGAUUUGGUCAAGAUGAAGUGGCUGACACAAGUAGGCUCAUACCUUUCUCUCUCAACUCAACACGCACACACGCACAUGAGCAUGUGGACGUCCAGGACGAGUUGAACAAGAUGGUCGACCGAACGCGCUUCGGCGGUGGCGAAAUCGUCGGGUACGUAUGCGCAUUUUCCAAUUUGACGCUUCAUAUGAUGUGUGUGUGUCAUGCGAACGUUCAGUCUGCUCAAGACUGGCAGUGCUUUCUACGCGCCGGCCGCAUCAGCCAUCUCCAUGGUACUCACUCGCGCGAGCACGUAUCGGUAUGUGUGCGAACUUGACUGUGCUUGUGUGUGUGUGUGUGUGUGUGUGUGUGUAUGAGCGCAGGCUGAGGCGUACCUGAAGGACAAGAAGCGCCUGCUGCCGUGCGCGGCCUACCUGGUGAGUCGGGGAAGCAUGCAUUGAGGGUGGAUGGAUGGAUGGACGAGAAUUCGCAUAUGUGUCUGCAGACGGGCGAGUACGGCGUGAACGGCUUCUACUGCGGCGUGCCGGUCAUCAUUGGCAAGGGAGGUGCGUCGCCACCCAACUGGCGCAUCACACACAUAACAUACCUCCCACAUAUGGGUGGGUGUAUGUGUGUGUCUCUCUAUAUAGGUGUGGAGAAGGUCGUCGAGCUGCAGCUCACCUCCGAGGAGUCCGCCAUGUUCAAGAAAUCGGUACAAUGCACGCACACACACGCACAACACUCACUCUCACACACACGCACAAACAAUGUCGUUGCCAUGUGUCUUGCGUCAUGCACACACGCACAGGUUGACGCCGUCAAGGAGCUCGUGGCGGCCACGCCCAAAUAGACACACACCAGCCCACUCCAACUAGAUGGCCUGGAGGGAGGGAGGGUGAAUGAGUGAGUGAGAGAUCCAUAUUGUUCGUAUCUUCCUAGCUAUCGUAUGUGUGUGUGUGAGCGUUACGAGAGUUGUCAGCGAACCAGCGGAGUCGAUGCAGCAUGUGUACGCACCUCACGAGCGGACGUAUACAUAAGACGCAGAGUACAGCGACCGAACACUCACUCAUUCACUUGCAUGCGACAGACAGUGUUUAGUCAGUAGACAGACAGACAGACCGAUGGAUGGAUGCAGUUGCUGGGGAGGGACGUUUAAGCACGAAUCGAAGCGAGAGACAGCGCGAGCGAGCGAACGAGAAAGGGACACCCACGUGUCUCACGAGUGGGUGGGUUUGGUAUGUAUGCUGUUUGAGUGUAUGUGUGUAUGACAACCGAACUUUUCUCCCUGCUGGUCUGCGCGGUGUGUUGCUCUGUCGGUCCUGGAUGUCCGUGUGCUCACAGAUAUGUACCGUGAGCACACGGCACUCCAGAAUCGGAAGCAAAACACACCACAGCAGACAGCAAGGGGCAGCCGACCAGUGAGAAGACUGAGUUUAGAGAGACGCCAAUGCGGUCUUUUUCCAUAAUCGGGUUUGACUGACACCACACGUAGACCGACCGACCGACUGACUGACCGACACACAUGCAUGUGUCUCAGUGUCUGCCUGUUCGUCCCUGCCUACCUGCCUGUGUGUCUCUCUAUGUCCCUGUCUGUCCUUCUAUCUCUCUGGGGGUUUUGCUGUGGUCAUGAUACGGACGGACGGACAGCGAUGGAGAAUAUGAGCCAAUUAACCCAAUCAUGAUGGACAGAUGACGAGCAUGCAGAUCUGCGUUUAAAGUCAGACAGAAAUCACACACACAAGACACUCACUGGUUUCUUGUUUUUCAUCCCCCCGACGUUUCAAGCAG